CUACUGAACUGAUUUGUGGUUGAUCUCUGCUUUAUUUGGGGGGAAAACGGGCCCGUUCGGGGCCGGGACGCAGCGCGGACGGUGACGGGAACAAAUUCGAGGCCGAGGCAGGCGGCGUUCUAGUCAUCUCCGGCCCCGCCCCGCCAUGUUGCCAACCCUAGAUCUGGCCUAUGAAGUCUAGUAGGUUUUUGCCUCUUCAUGCAUGACCCGCGGAAGCCACACCUUGCGCUCAUCAAGCGCAUUCUACUAUAAGGGAAGGGCACCCUCGCCGCCAGGCUUCAUCUCAGCAAGUCUUCGCCCCGGUUUCUCAUUGCGUGCUCUGAGGCUUAUUGGGUGGGCUGUCCCGACUCACAGACGAUCUACAUUAUCGGGCUUUUGUGUCUACAUUGGCGAUGAUCUAGUCUCCUUGUCCUCAAAACGCCACAACAUAGUUUCCCGCUGCAGCGCCAAAGCUGAAUACUAGGGCGUUGCCCAUUCUGUCGCCGAGUGUUGCUGGCUUCAUCAGCUCCUCCAGAAACUUAAUUCUCCAGUGCCUUAUGAGGCGAUUGUGUACUAUGACAACGUGAGCACUAUGGACAUAAGGUCCAAUCCAAUUCAGCAUCGCCCCACGAAGCACAUCUAAAUCAACAUUCAUUUAGUUCGCAAGAAGGUUGUACUUGGACUGGUUUGAGUUCUUAACGUCCUAUCUUCGCACCAAUUCACUGACAUCAUGACCAAAGGCCUGGCCGGUACAACUCUUCACCGACUUCCAAUCAAGUCUUUGCAUCCAAAGUCCUCCUACUACGAUUGUGGGUCCUGUUUCUUGUGCCUACAUAUGCUCCUGUUGGCCAAUGGAUUUUGUUGAGCAGUUGCAUCCACUCCAAUGAUUGCCCUCAGCUUGCUGUUCUCUGGCCUCCUUGUGGUCAUGGAUCCUGGAACAUUGCACCAUACAAGCUCCUCCGUUGAAGGUCUAUGGAAGAAUAACUGGAUUACUUUGCAGUUAAAGGGCUGCAACCACAGAACUUAAGUACUAAACUCAUACUACUGAGGGCCUGUAGCUCUGAGCUGAGUAAUUUUGGAAACAACCUUCCUGAUGAACGUGUGAGUAGGCAUUGUUGAAAAGUUUUUGUGAUGGAGAAUGCCUCAAGUGAAGAUAAUUUGUUGAGGGACAAUCUUGUUGAUCUUAAUGAUGAUUAUAUUGAAAACCAGAUGGCAUUUGAUGUCAACGAUGAACUAGUUAACAUGAAUAACAAUUCCAGCAAAGAGAACCUGGAAAACAGUGAACCUUUUGUGGGGAUGGAAUUUGAAUCAGAAGAGGCUGCGAAGGUGUUCUACAUGGCUUAUGCUAGUCGAGUAGGUUUCUCUGUGCGCAUUAGCAAGUCCCGUUGCUCAAGGAAUGAUGAGUCCAUUAUCAUGCGUCGUUUUGUGUGUUCAAAGGAAGGCUUCCACCACAAGAAACAAAAUGAUACUGGUAAGAGAAAGAGAAAACGUGCAAUAUUAAGGGAGGGUUGCCAUGCGAUGAUCGAGGUUAGUCAGAAAUAUUAUGGACGGUGGGUUGUGAUCAAGCUCAUCAAGGAACAUAAUCAUGCUGUUGCAGCUCCAAGCAUAGUGAGAUAUAUUGUACCAGAGGAAUAUGCACAACUGGAACCUUUUGCAGGAAUGGAAUUCCCUUCUCAUGAAGCUGCCCAGACAUUCUACUAUGCUUAUGCUAGCCGUAUGGGCUUUGAUGUACGUAUCAGAUUAUCCCGCCGUUCACCAAAGGAUUCAACAUUUGUAAUGCGUCGUUUUGUUUGCACAAGGGAGGGGGCUACACCGUGCGAAGAAAACGAGAACAAGAGAAAGAGAAACCGGGGUGUUCCAAGGGAAGGUUGCCAAGCAAUGUUUGAGAUAGUGAAGAAAGAUCAUGAUAAAUGGGUUGUAUCAAAGCUUUUCUUGGCACAUACACAUGAGCUGGUUAAUGUACCAAACAAGGUGCACUACAUUCAGUCAAACAGUGAAGUCGUUGUUCUUGCAAAAACUAGCGUUCUUCGAGAUAAUUCAAUUGCUCCAACCUUGAAUCCACUGCCAGCAGACCUAGGGAAGAACUUUGAAAACCAGGCAACAAAUGAUCAAGAAAUAAUAGAACGAUGCCGUAAUGCAUUCGGGUUGGACGAUACCCAAAAGCUUCUUGGAUACUUCAAGCGGCUGAAUGCUGAAAAUCCUACAUUUUCAUAUGCAUUUCAAGUUGACAAAAAUGAUUGCUUAACCCAUGCAUUCUGGGCUGAUGCCAAAGCAAGAACAUCAUAUUACUAUUUUGGAGAUGCUGUAACGCUCGAGACAUCUUUUGUUGAGAAUGAAGACCUUUUGCCAUUAGUUAUGUUUUCUGGUGUCAAUCAUCACUUGCAAUGUCAAAUGUUUGGUUGUGCAUUGUUAAUUGAUUUCACGGAGGCUUCCUACAUUUGGCUCUUUCAGAACUGGAUUGCGGCAAUGGGUUCACACCAUCCUACAUCACUAACAACGGUUUAUAACGAAGCAAUGGGUUCAGCAAUAGCAAAAGUAUUUCCACAAACGCACCAUUUGUAUUUUACUGCAGACAUAUUAAAGAGAUCCAAGGACAUUUUGGCUGAUAUAUAUUUUAGAUGUGCUUCAUUUGAAAGGGAAUUAUAUGCAUGUGUCAAUGAGCCGAAAACAAUUGAAAUGUUUGAGUUAAGUUGGAGGAAAGUCCUUGAUAAAUAUGACUUGGAUGACAACUUAUGGCUCCAGUCUCUGUACAGAAUUCGGCAAAAAUGGGUACCUGUGUAUUUCAAAGAUGUAUUUACUGCUGAGUUUUCAGCAUCUCAGAGACCUGAAAGCUUGAGAAACAUCUUUGAGAAGUACUUCAACAGAAGAACAGCUUUACCAGUUUUCAUUUCAUUGUUUGAGCAUCUGAUGGCUGGUUGGUCAGAAAGAGAAGCUGUGGAAGAUCUGGCCUCAUCUUUUACCAGACCUGUUCUAAGGACCCCCUCAAACAUGAUGAAACAAGUGUCAGAAAUAUACACAACAACUGUGUUCAACAUUCUUGAGGAAGAAUUCAUUGCAUCUUUAGGUUAUUACAUCUCUGGUCUUGACAAUGAUGGGUUGAUUGCUGUGUAUAGUGUCACAAAGGAGGAUACUGAAGCCACAUGCAGAGUUAGAUAUGAUACCUCUGGCAAUAUAGCUAAAUGCAGCUGCUGCAAGUUUGAGAGUUGUGGUAUAUUGUGCCGGCAUAUACUAAGAGUUUUCUUAGCCCUUGACGUACGCACCAUAGCAGAUGUUUACAUAUUGAAACGGUGGACAAAAGAAGCAAAGAAUGGCUUUGUGUUGGACGAAUGCUUGCGGUACAGUGAGCUUCACCGUGAUGCCCUUAGAUAUGCGAGGGAAGGAUCAACAUCUGGGGAAGUUUUUACCUUUGCACAACAAACUCUUCAGGUUGCUUUUGCUGAGGUCGUUCAAAUGAAACAGGAAAGUUUUAGUCAAUGUACAAUGCGAUGAACUUGGUGCUAUACAGAUUUGAUUUGAGUAAAAGAUAGCUCUUUUAGUGCAUCCCUGAUUGUCCCGUGGAUGGAAUUUUGCAUGAAUUUCGUGCAGUAACUUGUGUGUUCUAGAAAGGGUUAACAUGUGCUUUUGUAGACGUUGAGAUGAUUUCAGAGUUCAGACAGCCUCAAUUUGCUGCCGUUGCAUUCAUUAACCCCAUGUCUAUGUACCCAUUUGCCGCUCACGUAGCGAACAGGAUUUCCAGAUAAUAUACACAGUGAAUAUAGCCUGGUCAUAUUAUGAACAGUAGCAUAGCUGGUGAUUAGUAAAGCACUUCGUGAUGAUAUCUGCAGUAGUAGUU